CACAUGUUUGUUCCUUUUUAUUUCUUUUUAUCACACGUCCGCUUCUUUUUAUCACAGCUUUAUUGUUAUUUCUAAGAUUUUCAACCCAUAUUACACAAUCUCCAAGCCCCAGAAGCAUCCACAAUAAGUCUCUUUUUCGACCCAUAUAACAACAUGUAUCCAAGGGUGAAGGUGAGGGUAGAAACAAAUGAAGAAAAUCAAUAUGCAUAUGAGAAAAGUUCUUUGCAGUCCUUGAAGGGUUUUCAAUGGCUCUCCUUGGAUGAUUCCUCUUCUCUAGACGAGUCUCCACAAUCACCUGUGAGAAUUCCUGGCUCAUAUGUCCCAAAAUCUAAAGAUAACAAGAAGACAGUUUUGGAGGAGAAACCUGUAAAUGUUAGAGCUAGUUCCAUCCCACGUCCACGUGCUGUGUUAUCAAGUCCAGAUAAUGAUGAGAUCAAUAGAAGCAAAAUGACGACAAGAAGAGAAUUACUUUCAGGUCAAAAAAAUCAUAAUUUGUGUCAAAACAGACACACCCAAUGUAAGGUCAUACCAAGAUAUGCUGCAAGUUUUACGAGCUCUAUAGUAGGCAACAAGGAAGCAGUCGAGAGGAAAAAUGAUUAUCGGGCAAAAGGAACAAGUCCAAGUGCAGGACCUCAGAGAAGGAAAACUAUGAAGUCAAAGUAAAGCUUUUGAUAAGUUGACAUAAACAACUAAUUUGAGCCUAGGUAUCGACAGAGAACAAUGAAGGAGGAGAACUGUGAAUGUGAAGUUCAUCUGAAGUCGAAGAAAGGACUAAUCUGAAGUUGGAUAAAUAAUCACUUGUACUGUCAUUCUAACUGGAGUGUGAACAAUGUACUGUAGUUCCUCACUUGAAAAUAAGUAACUUAAUUAUGUUAAGUGAGACUCUAUUUAUUUAUUUUAUUUUUUUUAGAAGUAGAAAAUACUAAUAUAUCCAACUUAUUUUUAAGCUUAGUCAAACAUUCAACAGAAGGGUGACAAUUA